AUGGCGACAACCCAGACGAGCUCGAGCGAGCGGAGGAUCUCCUAUGCCGUCGACGUCGAGAAUGGCGAACGUCACACCAAGGAGACUCACGAAACUAGCGGUGGCGACGGUGGUGCUCUCGACGAGUACUCCGCCCUGAACCGUUACAUUUCGACUGCCCGUGAUGGCCGUCGCGGUUCCACCUCCUCGGCCGGCGCGCUGAGCGAGAAGGGUACUAAGAAGCCCUGGUGGAAGUUCUGGGGCAAGCAGGGCGACUCCGUUGAGGAGGGCUGGCAGUGCCCCGAUGAGUGGCUCGAGACCGACUUGCGCUCCGGUCUGAGCUCCUCUGACAUUGAGCCUCGCCGCAAGAAGUGCGGCUGGAACGAGCUGGUGACUGAGAAGACCAACAUCUUCAUCCAGUUCAUCGGUUACUUCCGUGGUCCUAUUCUGUAUGUUAUGGAACUUGCUGUCCUGCUCGCCGCUGGUCUGCGUGACUGGAUCGAUCUUGGUGUCAUCUGUGGUAUUCUUCUGCUCAACGCCCUCGUCGGUUGGUACCAGGAGAAGCAGGCCGCCGAUGUUGUUGCUUCGCUGAAGGGUGAUAUUGCCAUGCGUGCCGUUGUUGUCCGCAACGGCCAGGAGGAGGAGAUUCUGGCCCGAGAGCUCGUUGCUGGUGACAUUGUCAUUGUCGAGGAGGGUCACGUUAUCCCCGCCGAUGUCCGUCUCAUCUGUGACUACGACAAGCCCGAGAAUUUCGAAACCUACAAGGAGUACCUCGCUACCGCCAACGACGACACCCUCAAGGAGAAGGACGACGAUGAGGACGAGGAUGCCCGCGAGGCCCACACCGGUGUUUCCCUGAUUGCUUGCGAUCAGUCCGCUAUCACCGGUGAGUCUCUCGCCGUCGACAAGUACAUGGCCGACACUUGCUACUACACCACCGGUUGCAAGCGCGGCAAGGCCUACGCUAUCGUCACUGCCACUGCCCGUCAGUCCUUUGUCGGUAAGACCGCUGCUCUGGUCCAGGGCGCCCAGGACCAGGGUCACUUCAAGGCUGUCAUGGACAACAUUGGUACCUCCCUGCUGGUUCUCGUCAUGUUCUGGAUUCUCGCUGCCUGGAUCGGUGGUUUCUUCCGUCACCUGAAGAUCGCUACCCCCGAGGAGUCCGACAACAACCUGCUGCACUACACUCUGAUUCUGCUCAUCAUUGGUGUUCCCGUCGGUCUGCCCGUCGUCACCACCACCACCCUCGCCGUCGGUGCCGCCUACCUGGCCGAGCAGAAGGCUAUCGUCCAGAAGCUUACUGCCAUCGAGUCCCUCGCUGGUGUCGAUGUUCUGUGCUCUGACAAGACCGGUACCCUGACCGCCAACCAGCUGUCCAUCCGUGAGCCCUACGUCGCUGAGGGUGUCGAUGUCAACUGGAUGAUGGCUGUCGCCGCCAUUGCCUCCUCCCACAACGUCAAGAACCUGGACCCCAUUGACAAGGUCACCAUUCUUACUCUCCGUCGCUACCCCAAGGCCCGUGAGAUUCUGGCCCGCAACUGGAUCACUGAGAAGUACACUCCUUUCGACCCUGUCUCCAAGCGUAUCACCACCAUCUGUACCUGCGACGGUGUCCGCUACAUCUGCGCCAAGGGUGCCCCCAAGGCCAUCCUGAACAUGUCUGAGUGCUCCGAGGAGGAGGCCCAGCUCUACCGUGACAAGGCUACCGAGUUCGCUCGCCGUGGUUUCCGUUCCCUCGGUGUCGCCGUCCAGAAGGAGGGUGAGCCCUGGCAGCUUCUGGGCAUGUACCCCAUGUUCGACCCCCCUCGUGAGGACACUGCCCACACCAUCGCUGAGGCCCAGGUUCUUGGUCUCUCCGUCAAGAUGCUUACUGGUGACGCCAUCGCUAUCGCCAAGGAGACCUGCAAGAUGCUUGCCCUUGGUACCAAGGUUUACGACUCUGAGCGCCUGAUCCACGGUGGUCUCGCCGGCUCUGCCCAGCACGAGCUUGUUGAGAAGGCCGACGGUUUCGCUGAGGUUUUCCCCGAGCACAAGUACCAGGUCGUCGAGAUGCUCCAGCAGCGUGGUCACCUGACUGCCAUGACUGGUGACGGUGUCAACGAUGCUCCCUCCCUGAAGAAGGCUGACUGCGGUAUUGCCGUCGAGGGCUCCACUGAGGCUGCCCAGGCUGCUGCCGAUAUUGUCUUCCUUGCCCCCGGUCUGUCCACCAUUGUCGAUGCUAUCAAGCUGGCCCGUCAGAUCUUCCAGCGCAUGAAGGCCUACAUCCAGUACCGUAUCGCCCUGUGUCUGCACCUUGAGAUCUACCUGGUCACCUCGAUGAUCAUCAUUGACGAGACCAUCCGCUCCGACCUGAUUGUCUUCAUCGCCCUUUUCGCUGAUCUGGCCACCAUUGCCGUCGCCUACGACAACGCUCACUUCGAGGCCCGCCCCGUCGAGUGGCAGCUGCCUAAGAUCUGGGUCAUCUCCAUCGUUCUCGGUAUCCUGCUGGCUGCCGCCACCUGGAUCAUCCGUGGUACUCUGUUCCUGGCCAACGGCGGUAUCAUCCAGAACUACGGCUCUCCUCAGGAGAUUCUCUUCCUUGAGGUUGCCUUGACUGAGAACUGGCUGAUCUUCGUCACCCGUGGUGGCAAGACCUGGCCCUCGUGGCAGCUGGUCAUUGCCAUCUUCAUCGUUGAUGUCCUGGCCACUCUCUUCGCUGUCUUCGGCUGGUUGGCCGGUGAGUGGAAGCAGACUCACCCCUACGACCCUGCUGGCCCUACCUUCUCCGUCAACAACGAUGUCGACAUCGUCACCGUCGUUGUCAUCUGGGCUUACUCCAUCGGUGUCACCGUCAUCAUUGCCGUGGUCUACUACAUCCUGACCAUCAUUCCCGGCCUGGACAACCUUGGCCGCAAGACCCGCUCCAAGGCCGACACCCAGAUCGAGAACAUGAUCGCUCACCUCUCCAAGCUCGCCAUCGAGCACGAGAAGAGUGCCGACGGUACUUCCCGCUUCACCCUGGGUGCUCGCACUGACGACAUCGAGGAGGAUGAGUAA